GUAAAAUAAUAUGGAAUUGAUAAACCAGGGCACAGACCCAGGGUCUGUUUAGUGCAAAUUCAAGCUGUGUUAACAGUUUGAACACGCCAGCUAUCGAAUUACUUACGUUUAGUGAUUUAGUUCAUUAGGUACUUCAUUCGUAAUCAACUUAAUGCUCAAAAUGGCCGUCCGUGCAGUUUUAUUGAUCGCUCUCUGUUUUUCUGUGGUUAAUUCGGAGUAUGUGAACAGAAAGUUUUGUCGAAAUGUGGAUCCAUCAAAGUGUAGCAUCCACAGCGUGAAGUUGGACCCGUGUGCGGACGGUCCCGGGUUCUGUCUCUUGCGACGCGAGAAGCCUUAUAGGCUCAGCUUUGACUUUACACCACGAUUCGAAGCGCAAAAUCUGCAGCUAUCACUACAUAGUGAUGAUGAUAACAGCGGCAAUUUCAAAACCGUGAUAAUGCCAGCACACGAUGCAUGUGACCACCAGAUCUGCCCCCUGGAGGAUAAUGUCAGGACCACGUAUGACGUCGACUUUGUAUUCCUUAAAAAAGUUUACGGUAAAUUCCCGAUCCAAAUGAAACUUUGGAAUGGAAGCAACGAAUCUGAAGCUUGUUGCUUUACAUUUAGUGUUAAAACGUUAAAAUAGAAUUUUUAAGUUAUUGGUUUGGAAUUAAAACUAAAUAAGUAGGCACUUAAUGGAACUUGUGUUCACUUUUUUUUACAAUAAAUUUCAUUUUUAAUUGGUA